AUGUCGCCAAAACAUCAAAUUUACUUGGAUCGUGCAGAAUUUGUUCGAUCAUUACUUAACGACACCACAACUGCAAACAUCCUUUUGCGCGUCGAUAACUUUCAUAUAUACGCUCAUACGACCAUUCUCUAUUGCGCUUCCGGAUUCUUUAAGAAAAUUUUCAAAAUAUUAGCUCAUAAAGACGAUGAGAGAAGAAUUGAAUACUUGUUUCAUGAUUACAGUUGCAAUAAAGAGAUUGCAAUCACCAGAUUGCAUGAAUAUAAAGGACAGGAAAAUGUUGAAUUGCUAUAUGAUAGAUGGAAUGAACAACGUUGGCAUGUUAUCCUCAGAGUGAGCAAGUGGUUGGGUUUAAAGAAAUUGCGUUGCCGAGUAUUGCAAUACGUUUACAACCGAGGCGAACUGAUGUUUCAAG